GCGUAUUUCGGGGUUUCCAAUUUCGGCUGGAGGGAUCCUAUAAAACAGCGAUUUCAGUGUUCUGGUCUCCAUUGCAGCCAACCGAAACAUACCUCUGCCUCUCUUCCAUAUUUCUCUGUCCUAUAUCUCUUGUGAACGCUCCGGACUGUUCUUCUUCUUCUUCUUCUUCGUCUGCUUCUCGUCCUUCCACUUGAGUUUGGCUGUUUUGCUUUGCUUUGCUCAACUGAAAGUUUCUGAGUUUGUUUUCUUGGAAAGAGUUUCAAGGAAGAAAGUAACUGAGAUUCUUAGGACGGGAGAAUCUAAAGAUUGAGAGAGAGAGAGAGUAUACGUUUGCUUUUUCCCUCAACGACAGAAAUAGAUGGAAAGAAUAGCACUGCAGUUUCCUCGUUUGGGUGCCUAAAAAUAUUCAAGUCCCCUGUUCAAGUUUUUAAGCCUCAGAAAUUGCUCUUCUUCUUUCUCUCUUUGGCUUUUUAGCCUUCUUUCUUAGGUUCAUUCGCUUUCUCAAAAGCUCUGGAGUAUCUCGCUAGCUCUCGUGUGCUGCUGCUUUCUGGGUGUGUUCAAAACCCAUCUUUUAACGUAGGCAUUCUUUUUGUCAGAUUUUUUUUUUUGGUGGCGUGGCAUCAGCAACAUGUCUUCGAUUCUCUCAUCUGUUUUUGGUUCUCCUCUUUGACGGUUCCUCCCCUCUUUAUCCUUCCUUUGUAGUUGUAGAGUGAUAUAUAUGUGUGUGUUGGCCACUUCAAAGCAAUCUUCCUUUAUCUUCACGCUCUCUAUUCCUCUGGCUUUUUCUUUUUUACACUCCCAAUAGACUUUCCCUUACUCUUUUAUGUCGUCUUCAAUUCGAAUAGUAGAGCGACUGCAACUACUCUGGUAAGAAUCCAACACUCGAAAGUCUGGGGGGUAGGGGAGAAAAGAAAAGGAAAAAGAAAGAAAAUGGUGGUUCGCGGUUUUUUAUGUCCGGUAAAAUACACCGAGCACCGAAGCCUCACCAAAAAACUCGCCCUUAAGCCCAAAAAAUCCUCUGAGCGUAGCUCCAUUGUUCCCAGGACGGUUCGGAUAUCCGUUACCGACCCGGACGCUACAGACUCCUCCAGCGAUGAAGACGAGCUUUUCGGAAGGCUACGUGUGAAGCGGUACAUUAGUGAAAUCAAAAUCGAAACUGCUGCAGUUUGCCAACAAAACAGCAAUAAUGUUAUCAGCGCCAGCAGCAACGCCCUCGCUCCUCGUCAUCAUCCCAAGAAGAAGACUGCAGAGGCACUCCAGGCUAAGCAGAGGCCGAUGAAGGCCAAGGAGCCGCCAGUCCCCGCUGCGGGAGGUGCUGUACGGAAGUUCCGCGGCGUAAGGCAGAGGCCUUGGGGUAAAUGGGCUGCGGAAAUCAGAGACCCCUCCACACGUGCCAGGCUCUGGCUGGGCACUUUCGACACUGCCGAGGAGGCUGCCAUGGUUUACGACAACGCCGCCAUUAAGCUCCGUGGUCCGGACGCUUUAACCAACUUCGUCACUCCUCCGGCCAAGGAAAAGCCCCAAGUCAACGUGGCGUCCACCUCCUGCUACGAGUCCGGCGAGGAGUCCCACAAUCUGUCUUCUCCUACUUCUGUUCUCAGGUUCAGAAGCAGUCAGUCUAGCGAGGAAGCUGAACCGGAAUGCCGGUCCGAAGGUGUGGAAGGCCCGGUUCCUGCUGAUUGUACGGACGAGCAAACGGUUCAGGAGGAGACGGACGGUGAGCCGUGGCAAGAACCGGUCCCGGAAGUAGCUGAGGAGUGCCAGGGUGAAACGAGGGAUAUGAUACCGGAUUACUCGAACGAAUAUAUGCCCAUGGACGUUCCUUUCCUAGACAAUUUCUUCAAUUUCCAAUCUCCGGAGCAGAUAACCUUUGACGACACCGUUCCCCCAAGUUUUUCGAAUGAUACGUUUGACCUGGGAUUGGACGUGUCAUUCGAUGAUGACCUGCUGCCGGGUUUCCUUGAUGACACGGCAACAGCGGGCGCUGGAUUCGGAGAGUUUAAUGAUUCGUUUCAGGAUUUUGGUUCAGUGGAGCUGAAUGUGGAUGAUUAUUUCCAAGACAUGAACGAUUUUGCUAGCGCAGAUGCUCUCCUGGCAGUAUGAUCACCAGAUGCUUGCCCACACCCACCAGUAUCAAGCUUUUUUUCGCCGGCAUGCCAUCUUUCGUGGCAAAUUUUGUCAUAGGCGAUCAUCGGACCGUGUUUUUUUUUAACAAAAAAAAAAUCUUAAUUCUAUUUAUUAGUUUCCAAAAUAAUUUCAAAGUAUAGUGGUUGUUUUUUUUG